CUUCUAUAUAACAACACUUGCAACUUAGGCCUCAACUCUCAUGUAAGAAAAAAAAAAGUUAAAUAAUAAAUAAAUGUAGGCAACAUUCCAUAAAAAUGUCACCACGUCUCAAAAUAUCAAAAUAUGUUUUUGAGCGAUUAUCCAAAAUCGAUACAAAUGAGACCACAGGAUGUCUUUUUGGUCUCAUGUACGAUGGCACAUUACUUGUUGUUGGGAUGAGCUUGGAAUUUUUUGAGAAUGAAAAAAAAAAUUAUAGACAACUUCUUCUCUCCUUGCCGGCUGAAAUAGAAUUAUGUGGUGUUGUAAAAUUUGCGAAAACACUUUCCAUCGAGUCAAGGUCUAAAGAGAUACUACAGGAUGUAGACAUAACUGAUAAUCCUCUUUUUAUUAUAAUAAAUGAAGAUAAGGAAAUAAAAGCACACUUUCUAGUCCAUGAAAAAUUCGAAGAGACAACCUAUGAGGUUCUUCCGACUGAAGAGUUGUGGAAACAAUUUAUUCAUGUGCGUCUCAAUACUAUUCUACCAUUAAUUUGUGAAGCAACAAUGCCUGGAGUAAAAAAUAUCUUGCAAAAUAAAAGGAAAAAGAUAGCAUCUGGAGAAGUAUCAUUUCAAAUAGAUGGGACUGCGGUGUAUUUAUUUGGAAUUGCUUCAGAUGUUGGUGUAACUGGUACAAGUACAGAGACAAAUGUUGGAGAUUUUAUUGACUCCAUAAGUUCCGAACAGUCAUCUAAGAAAAAGAAACACACUUUGAAUAAAGUUGAAAUAGUACCUGUUAAUCUAGUAUUGAAAGCUACAAAGGACAUAUUAUCAGAGAAACUUGUUAAAACUGCAGUAAAAAUGAUGACAACACAAAGGAAACCUGCAUUUUGUAUUAGCAUGCCAUUAAGAGUAGAUACAUUAGCAAUGAUUCACAGAAGUACGAAGCUUUCUGAACUAUACACAGCAUUAGUAGAAGCUGCCUGUCGCUCUCUCAAAUUACUUGAAACUGUACUGCUGGAGCAGUUAGGACAAGAGGGUAUUGGUGAUGGAGCUGGGUUACGUUUGCCUGAAACUUUCCACUUUCUACCUCAAGAACUUGGACAUUUUGUUACAAGAGUAGUACCGAAAGACAUCCCUGAUGAGAGUAUGGAAAAAGAACGAAGACUACUGCAUGAGCAGUUAUGUUUACCACUGGAUAGACCAAUGUUUAGACGGGGUAAUGCAUUUUAUAAUAAUCUUGGAAAACUUAUAAAUACUCAUGAAGCCCUACCGUCUUCACCAGUGAAACCUGACACAACAGUGGCAUUAGUCCGCGGCAGAUAUACAUAUCAUCAUUAUAUGCAAGACAAUUUCAAUGAUGAUGGCUGGGGUUGUGCUUAUCGCUCAAUGCAAACUAUAUUCUCAUGGUUCAGGUUUCAAGGGUAUACAACAGUUGAUAUACCAACUCACAGGGAUAUACAACAGUGCCUUGUUAAUAUUGGUGAUAAGCCAUCCUCGUUUUUAGGUUCUAAGCAAUGGAUAGGAUCUACAGAAGUAAUGUUUUGUUUGGAAACUCUUUUGGGUGUACAAUCAAGAAUUAUAUUUGCAAAUACAGGUUCAGAGUUGAGAAAUUACACUCCUGAACUUGUACACCAUUUCCAGAAACAUGGAAGUCCUAUUAUGAUAGGUGGUGGUGUAUUAGCACAUACAAUCAUAGGUGUGGAGUACAAUUCCCUAACAAAUGACACUCGUUACCUUAUAUUAGAUCCUCACUACACUGGUGCUGAUGAUAUUAAUGUAGUUGUCAAUAAAGGUUGGUGUGGAUGGAAGAAUUCAGACUUUUGGAACAAAACUGCACAUUACAAUUUGUGCUUACCACAGACUAAGCCUGUUAUAUAACAACUAUCAUUUGUAAGUUAUGUAGAUUUUUAGGUAGAUCGUCUCUCGCAUUUACUAAAAAAAUUGGUACUUUAGGAAAAUGGGCUUAACAACAUUUUUGUGAUAGCAUCUGCGAAAUCAAUGUUUUAUAAUAGUCAAAUGCUAGAUAUUUUCAGUCUGUUUGAUUGUCUAAGUAAAUGCCAUUAUGAAAUACAUUUGCAUUUAGACACCAUUAUGAAAGACUGGUUGGGUUGUGUAGGUUGAUUUCAAUGCUUUUUACUUUGCAGAUGUUUUUCGUUAAAUCUACCUAAUAAAUAUACUUCACAAAAGCUUUUUAAAUUGUUCUUCAGAUAUCAAAAAACCAUUUUUGUGUAACCAUGAAAGACUCAUAAAAAUAAGUUUUGAUUAUACUUAACAGAAAUAAUUAAAGCUUAUGCAUUUUAUUAUUAUUAUUGACCUUAUUAUGCAAUUAUAACUUG